AUGUCUUACAGUACCUCCUACUAUUUCAUACUGUCGUCGACGAUCGGCUGCUCGCUGAUCGUCGUCGCCUCGCUGCUCACCCUCUACUCGAUCUCCUUGGACAUCCAACAAUUCGAGAUGGACAUCAACAAUGACAUGAUUCAUUUCAAGACUCGCGCAAAUGAUGUGUGGGAUCGUAUUGUCAAAGGUGGAUCGGGACCAUCCAACCAAUCUCCAUCGUUCGGACGGUUGAUCCUUGCCAAGAGAGCCGCUGGGUAUGCGACCGGCGAUUCUGCGCAAUGCAACUGUGCCGCACAGUCAACCGGUUGUCCCGCAGGACCUCCUGGAGCACCAGGACAAGAUGGAUCACCAGGAGAACCUGGGGAACCUGGAAAGGAUGGUGAGGCAGGAAGUGCGGGACAAGCGGACUCUUUCCUUGGCGCUGAAGGAAACUGUAUCAAGUGCCCGGCAGGACCACCAGGACCACCUGGACCCGAUGGAAAUGCUGGGCCUGAGGGACCAGCAGGACCCGCUGGCGCUGACGGAGAGGCUGCUGGACCAGGACUUGCAGGACCGCCAGGAGAGCCUGGACCAGCUGGACCAGAUGGUCAACCAGGAGCACCUGGACCUGACGGAGCGCCUGGAGCUGCUGGAACAAAGAGCACAAAUCAACCGGGACCACCUGGACCACCAGGGCCACCAGGACCUGCAGGACCAGCUGGAGAGGAUGCAGCGGCGCCAGUGUCACCACCAGGACCCGCUGGACCACCGGGACCACCUGGAAAGGAUGGAGGAUCGGGAGCACCUGGAGCGCCGGGAGGACCGGGAACUGAUGGAGCACCUGGAGCCGAUGCAGCAUACUGUCCAUGCCCACCGAGAACACCUGGAUUGGGAGAGGCUGCGCCAGACGCUGCACCAGAGGCGGCUCCAGCUCCAGAUUCUGGAGCAUCCGCUGGAUCCGGAGCUGAUGGAGCCAAGGGAACAUACAGUGGAAGUGCCGUCGUUCGCCGUCGUGCUCGCUACUAA